AUGACGUCUGCGCCUACCCGACGGAAGCAUCUGAAGAGCCGCAACGGCUGUAUCCAAUGCAAGAAGCGUAAAAUAAAAUGUGACGAAAAUGGAUCCAUUCCUUGCGCACAAUGUGUCAAAAGCCGGCAUGUCUGCUCCUUCUCUCCUCCAGUUGUUGGUUCAAACUUCUCCACGACAUCCCGUCUGGACCUUGAGUUACUCCACAACUACACCACCAAAACAGCAUCCUCUCUAUCAGAGAAUGUCGAGAACCAGAAAUUUUUUGGUGUGGAAUUCGUCCAGCUUGCGAUGCAAAACGACUAUUUGCUUCACUGUAUCCUGGGCUUAUCAGCCUUCCAUAUGGCAAAUCAACAUGGGAAGACGGAAUCGUCCCAGUUGAUAGGUCUGAGCUACUCGAAGGACAUCUAUCUUCGAGCAGCAUAUAGCCAUCAUGAAAUUGCGCUAAAAGGCUAUCGUCAAUGCCUGUCGACCUUGAACCAAGACACUUGUCAUGCCAGUUUUGGUUGCGCUUGUCUCCUGUUCAUUACGUCCUUCGCCCGGCCACCAGAAAGCAACGAUAAACCAAAUCAGCCCCACCUUCCUGCACAUAUAUGGCUCGGCUACCAGUUAUCGGAAUGGAUCAUUCUGAUAAAAGGCCUUCCGUCCAUCCUUACCUACAACGAAUUUCUGUCAGCACUUCAGAACGGACCCGUGGCUCCUCUCAUAAAAGAAAUAAAGGACCACUCUGCAGAUGACGGGACACCUCCAAUGGAGAGCGAGAUUGUCUACCUUCGACUUCGUAAUCUAUCAAAAGCUAUCGGGGAGCACUGUUAUGAUGAGAGAAUCGCUCAAACCUGCCAAUCCUCGAUUGAGACGCUCUGCGGCAUCGUGGCUGAAUUGAAACAAUCAAGUGACCAUGUCCUUGCAUUCGUUUGGCCCAUCAGAGUUGACCCAGAUUAUCUCAUCAUUCUCGAAGAGAAGAGACCGGAGGCAUUAUUGGUAUUCGCUUACUACUGUGCUCUGCUCUACAUGUCGAGCUCCAGAUGGUGGACUAAGGAGUGGCCACCACCAAUCGUCGAAUCCGUCAGAGACACGAUUGAUGAGGGGUGGGCCCCAUGGCUCCAAUGGCCCCUGCAGAUGGUUUUUUCAGAUACCGGAACAGGUUGA